AUGGAUUUCACCGAUCUCGGGCUUUCCUCCGACGCCCUGCCCUUCCUGGGUCUACUGGCGUCCGUUCUCGUGUGGAUAUUCGUUAAAUGGCCCUUGCGGCGUCAAUUGAAAGUCCCCGAAAUACAGGAAAAGGAGCCUGAACCUUUCGUCAAACCACUUCCAAAUCCUCAUCCUGAGGAUCCGAAUUCCAAAUCGCCCAAGUUGUACCGUCCGUUCCGCCAUGGACCUAACUUCGUCACUAUGGGGAUCCGCAAACUCAACUGGGAUAACUGGAUUGAGAUGGAUUCUUAUUUCCUGCGUUACCACGAUAUGAAAGCAUCGGAAUUGAAGAAGAAUUUCAAGGAACAUGUCAAAUACGUCGAUAAUGCUGUUACCAGAGAUGCUUGUUUCGAGCUCAAUGAGGAAUUGGUCCGGCACCUUACACAUCGGUAUCCCGAGACAUACCGAUUGGAAGGUGGAAAGGUGCACAACAGUCUUACUGGAGAGGCCUUCACAUACCCUGCAGAUGCAGCAACACCGGACGAUGCCAUGGCAAUGUCAGCACUUCUGGUGCAGGAUGAUCUAGUUCUCAUGAUCAAGAAUGACGACGGAGAAUACCACCUCGACGCGGCCGCAGUCUGCCUCCCCGGCUUCUGGCGUCUAAAGGAAAAGUUCAACAUGUCUCUCGAUACACUUCACUUCGAAGCCGGCGUUCCCCACUACGCGGCCAAAUUGCAAAAGUCCAUGAACAGAUUCAUGCUAAGACUCACCCCCGACAAGCCAGUCGAGCGCAACAACUUCUUCAUCCAACUCGAUGACGGCCUCCACUGGUCUCACCGCAUGGGCGACCAACAAGGAACAGAAGUAGCCUCCUGGGCAACAGCAAACAGCAGAGGUCUUAGCAUCGACGAAAUCCACCUCCGCUCCGAGCGCCAGACUCUCCGUCGCCUGCCCCGCUCCGGCGCAAUCCUUUUCACCAUCCGCACGUAUUUCGAGCCCGUGACCAAGAUCGCGCAGGAACCUCAUAUCCCCGGGCGUCUAGCGGAGGCGAUCCGCGCUUGGGAUGAAACAGUUUCUUUCUACAAGGGUAGGUCCCACUGGGAGAAGAUCCUGUUGCCGUAUCUUGAUGAGCAGGACCGGUUGCAGAAGGAGAAGGGGAUCGUGGAGGAGGCUGUGGAGGGGGAGUUCCCGUAUUAG